AUGCCCCAGAAAAAGUGGAACAUCUUGUUGUGGAACCGCUCUGUAUGGAAGAGCAGGAACUACGCUUUCACAGAUAUCACAAACAGCUGUUCCCACGAAGUACUAAACGUCGUUGUCCCUCAAUUUGGAUCCACCAGCACCCUCUUCCGAUUUAGUACAUCGCCUUCACUGUUUCUUUUCAGAAGUGGCAACCCUCUAAGAAGAUUUUUCAUCAGCCUUGUGACGUCAUACUGGUUUGACUGGAUUGUGAUUGCAAUCAUUUUAUCUAAUUGCGUAUUCAUUGCGCUCAACAACGUACCAGUGGAAGUCGAGUAUUUCUUUGCAUCCUUAUACACAGUGGAGUUAAUCAUAAAAGUCGUGGCAAGAGGACUGAUUUUACAGCAUUUUGCAUACCUCAAAGAUCCAUGGAACUGUUUAGAUUUAAUUAUUGUUAUAGUGGGAUGGUUGUCCCUAUUUCCUGCUAUCAGUAGCUUGUCGGGGCUACACUCCAUGAGAGUUAUACGAGCACUACGACCUAUUGCAGCUUUUCCUGGUGUGAGAGUAAUCGUCAAUGUUAUUCUAAAAUCUCUAUCCAAUUUGGUGGAUGUAAUGGUCUUGGUGCUGUUCUUCGUCCUCUUGACUGCUAUAUCAGGAAUGCAACUUUUAGAGGGAGGAUUAAGAAACAAAUGCGUACUUAUCAGACAUAAUGAAACUGGAAUACCAAAUUUACAGCAAUAUGCAGCAAAUUCUAGUAAAAGAUACUUUGGCAUAUGGUUACAUACAAAUGAAUGAGCUGUUGGUAUGUUCACAGGUAAUUGGUAUAUGCCAGAAGGAGUUCCUAUUCUGUGUGGAAAUGCUAGUGGAGCACGGCAUUGUCCUCAUGAAAAAGCAACAGUAUGCCUUCCAAAUGCUGGUGGAAAUCCAAACAAUGGAUAUACAAACUUUGACAACAUUGGAUGGGCAAUGCUGUCUGCAUUUCAACUGAUUACUAUGGACUUUUGGGAAGAUCUGUACAAUAAGGUCAUAUUUGCAUAUGGAUGGAUCUACACGAUUUAUUUCAUCUUGGUUAUAUUUGUUGGUUCAUGCUAUACCAUCAAUUUGACACUUGCUGUAGUGUCUUUCAACUACCAGCAAGAACAUACAGCAGCACAUGCCAAACAAAAGACUCACAAGACCUUUGCGAAUGCACUGAUGGACAAGGGCAACCAUGUCACAUUCAGCACCAACACAUUCCCGUCUCCUUUCUGUCAGCCUUCACACCAACUCUCAAAGUUGUGUGAUGAAUUGUUACAGACUUCAGGAUCAGCAAACACCAAUAGCCACAUAAAUUACAAUAGAAUCAAAAGAUUGUCUAUGACUGGUGUUGGAGUCGGAGACCGCUUAGUACGGCAAGUAGAAAGCUCACAACUAGAAAGAGACAUUGAAUCUUGUACAUUCGACUUUGACUUGUCAAAUAAGCAUACAAAAAACAGAAGCAAUGCCAAGUCUUUAGGGGCGUUGGCCCUUACACUCAUGAAAGCUCAAAAAAGCACUUUAGCCAUUCAAAAGGGACAGUCUGAUGACAAUCAACAGAACAUUUCAUCAGGACGUCGUGCCUUAGCAGCCAUAGUCAAGCACAAGGCAUUUGACUGGACAGUUACAGCCAUUAUUGUCAUUAAUACAAUACUUAUUUCAAUCCAACAUCCUGGAAUAAGCAACAGAUUAGAACAAGCAUUGGAAACAUGCAAUGCUCUAUUCAGUUCAGUAUUUGCAGCAGAAAUGCUACUCAAGAUCAUAGCAUUGGGACCAAAGCAAUAUCUCACAAAUCAAUGGAAUGUGUUUGAUGGCUUUGUGGUUGUGGUGAGCAUGCUGGAAAUGAUACUUCACUACUCUCAAGUUCUGCCUACAAGAAGCCUGUCUGUUAUCAGGACAUUUAGACUUUUUAGAGUAUUGAAGCUAUCACGUUCGUGGACUACUAUGAGAACACUCAUGAAUGUAAUGGGAUCUACAGUCACAGGCCUUUUUAAUGUGUCUGUCAUCCUCUUCAUUUUCAUCUAUAUAUUUGCUGUGGUUGGAGUUCACCUAUUUGGGGCUUCGUAUAAAGAAAGCGUACCUAGAUGGAAUUUCAAAGACUUUCCACAUUCAGUGAUGGUGGUGUUCCGUAUACUGUGUGGAGAGUGGAUAGAGCUUCUGCAUCAAACGCUGGAUACAAAUCAUGUUGCUAUCACAAUACCAUUCUUUGUUGGAAGCAUCAUCGUCUGUCAUUUCCUUAUCAUCAAUCUUUUCAUAGCAUUACUUCUUGGAGCAUUUGAGGUAGAAGCACUACGGCGUUCUUCAAACCGUAAAAAUGUGUUUAUUCAAGUAAUAAAAAAGAUCAUAACACUGUUUAAACGAUUAAGAAAAGUUGCUCCAGCAACACAAGAGCAGAAGCCUUAUGUUAUGCCACAGCCCAAUGAAAAUCACACCACCAUCAACAACCAAAGACAAAGGAAAUCAAUUCUUGACUGCAUACACAAACCAUUACAAAGACUUCAGUCUGCAGCUCAUGUGCUUGUCACACAUUCCUACUUUGAGUACUUCAUCAUCCUCAUUGUUUUAGCAAGCACCAUCCCCCUGACAUUUGAGAAUUCUAAACUGAGAUUUUAUCCUGAACGGCAGCGUAUUUUACGAAGCAUGGACAUUGCCUUCACUAGCAUAUUUGCUGCUGAAAUGUUACUCAAAUGGUUUGGUCUUGGCCUCAAGACAUACUUCAGUAGUGCCUGGAAUUGGGUGGAUACAGCCAUACUAACAAUAUCAGUAAUAACACUCAUGCCCUUUAGUAGUGACAGUUUUGGAGCUCUACGAGUUAUACGAAGCUUGAGAGCACUGCGUCCACUGAGAGCAGUAUCAAGAUUUAAGGGAAUGAAGAUAGUUGUUGAUGCACUCAUGCGAUCAGUUCCUGACAUGGGCAAUGUGUUGCUGUUCUGUUUGCUGUUCUGGUUCAUAUUCAGUGUCAUUGGAGUGCAGCUACUAGGAAACAAAUUCUAUCGAUGUGUUGAUGAUGCUGGUGUGCGACUAAACACAACACAAGUAGCUACAAGAAACGACUGCCUACGCCUAUAUGGAGAGGACCACUGGAUAAAUUCACGAAUCAAUUUUGAUAACAUCGGAGUUGCCGCUGUAGCGUUAUUCCAAGUGGCUACAUUUGAGGGCUGGAUUGAGUUGAUGGCAGAUGCAGCCGACACAGUUGACAUUGAUCAACAGCCAUCAUACGAAAAUUCAUUUGCUAUCCAUAUCUUCUUUGUUGCAUUUAUUAUGAUUGGAUCUUUCGUACUUCUCAAUCUUUUCAUCGGAGUCAUCAUUGAUAAUUUCAGAACUCUCCGAAAUGAGGAUGUGGAAUUCAGUGCCCUAGGAACACUAUUCACUCCAGAGCAAAAAAAGCUUGUCAGCGCUUUGAAGAGAAUUGGUAUGAUGAAACCUAAGCGAGCAGUAGUGGAGCCAAAGAACAAGAUCCUCAAUGUCUGCUACAGCAUGGCUGUUAGCAAACGGUUUGAAGGUAGAACAGCAGUGUUGAUCAUGAUCAACGUUGUUGUACUGUCUAUGCAACAUUAUCAACAGAGUGACACAUUUGACUUUGCCUUGUCAACAGCAAAUAGCAUAUGCACUAGCUUCUUUACGAUAGAGGCUAUCAUCAAGCUUCUUGGACUUCGACAGCACUACUUCCAUGAUCCCUGGAAUGUGUUUGAUUUCAUCAUUGUUCUUCUGUCAUUAGUAGGAGUCAUUCUGGAAAGUUACGAAGAUGUGUUCAUGGUUGACCCCACUGCCCUCAGACUAGUUCGAAUUCUUCGUAUCGGGAGAAUCAUUCGUGGUGUUAAAGUAGCUAAAGGGCUACGAAGAUUGCUUUUUACAUACAUUUUCUCUCUUCCUGCAAUUAUUAAUGUGGGAGCAGUGCUACUCAUCUUAAUGUUGAUCUAUGCAGUGGUGGGAAUGGCAAUGUUUGGUACAGUCCAACACUCUGGCGGCAUUGAUGAAAACACGAACUUUGAGACAUUUGGGAACUCACUCUUUCUGCUUAUUCGAAUUUCUACUGGAGCAGGAUGGAAUGAAAUCCUUGAUCCCUGCAUGAUACAACCUCCUCAGUGCAAUCAAACUAAAGAUGGUCUAUCUAAUGGAGACUGUGGACAGCCUAUCUUUGCAAUCAUAUACUUCACAUCUUACGUGCUCAUUACUUCAUUGCUGAUCAUCAACGUCUAUGUGGCAAUAUUUGUAGACAACUACUAUCAAACUCAACAAGAGUUUGUUACCAAACUUGGGGAGGACCAAACAGAUGUCUACUACAGUCAGUGGGCAGAGAAAGAUCCUCUUGCAACCCAGUACAUAAGUACAUCUCAGCUGAGUUCUUUCAUAAGAUCUCUACCUCCUCCUCUCGUUCCAAGCAAUGUUACGUCUAUUGAUGACUUUGUGAUGACCCUUGACACUCCCAUAUAUCAAGAAAACAAAGUACACUGCUUAGAUUUACUGGUAUCUCUUAUUUUGAAGUACUACCGCUCACUCAAUGACCAGCAACUCUCUGACGAAGAGCUAAAGCAAGUUACAGUUGAAACAGAGAAACGAUUUAAAGAGAUAUUUCCAUCAAGGGACCCUGCAAGAGCUACCACAACAGCUUCAAAAAGAUGGCUGGAAGUGCGUUCUGCAAUCAUCAUUCAACAAGCAUUCAGAAAAUACAGAAUCAAAGGCAACCAAACAGUGUGA